UUUAUUUGAAAACUUUCCUUCUGCAUAAGUUAUGGUCAUUUUCUAAGAAUUAACAACAAAAAUAUUUACAUUAAAAUAAUGAACAAAAACAGAUAAAUGAAAACAAACACGCUGUUUUGACCCUUUUUCAGAAAAGGACUAAAACAUCUUCCACAUUUAUACCAAUCUGGAUGUUUAAAGUAUUUUCAUCUUUAAAUCGGUUAAAGUUGGAGAGGAACUGUGUAUUUGGCUGUGUGGGAUAAAGGAUUCCUGUAAGCUCGGUUCAUUUCACUUGGAAAUCUCUGGAGCUUCAUAUGGCGCUGCUCUCAGUAAGCCUCUUAGGACGCACGACCACAACAGAUGUAGGGAGAAUGCCAAUCAGGAGCUCCUGCUGAGCGGAGAAACUCGACGGCUGCGCCACCGCCUGCUCCAGAUCUCUCCAGGUCCACAGAAAACCCACCUGAACACCGUCUGAGUUCAGAGUCUGCAGCUGCAGGGAAGAUGAUGCCAGCAGGAGGUGUCCGGAGGAUCUGAACUGACAGGAAGUCAGAAGAAAAACAAUCUCUCCGCAGGAGGAGACAUGCUGCCCCAGGAUGUCAGGAAGCAGAAACCCGGCCGGGUGUCGGAUCCGUUUGGGGGAAGUGGGGACGGCCCUCAGGUUCCGCCUCGACGCUUUAGGAACCGGGACUUUCCUGUGAGCGCGAAGCGCCGGAGGUCCGGUUCCGCGCCUGAGCGCAAGGUGAACUGCGUCCUGGUUGGAGACGGAGCGGUGGGGAAGACCAGUCUGGUCGUCAGCUACACCACCAACGGAUAUCCCACCGAAUAUGUCCCCACAGCGUACGACAACUUCACCGUGAUGGUUGUGGUGGACGGGAAACCGGUGAGGGUGCAGCUGUGCGACACGGCCGGACAGAAGUGGGGGCUGGUUGACGGAUCGGUUAAUGACGAGCUGGAGCGUCUCCGGCCGCUGUGCUACAAGAACGCUGACGUCUUCCUCCUCUGCUACAGCGUGGUCCGUCCCUGUUCCUUCCGAAACCUGACCGACAAAUGGCUUCCCGAGAUCCGCCAGCACUGUCCUGGUGCACCCCUUAUCCUGGUCGGCACCCAGCUGGACCUGAGAGAAGAUGUCCAGGUGCUGAUCCACCUGGCGCAGAACCAGCAGCGGCCGGUGGGAACUGAAGAGGGCCAGCGGCUGGCCCAAGAGCUCGGGGCCGUGAGUUUUGCGGAGUGCUCAGCUCUGACUCAGAAGAACCUGAAGGACACUUUUGAUUCGGCCAUACUGGCCAGCUUCCAGCAGACGGUCUGUCCCAGUGUCCAGCAGCAGAAGCUGACCCUGAGGAAGAAGACUCCUGAUAAGAUCAGGAGCCUCUCAGAAACCUGGUGGAGGAAGAUCAACUGUCUGGUGGGAGAUCAGAGCUGUGAAUUUAGUUAAAGCUGCACCGUUUUCACCACACAGGGUGAUGCAAUGAGGACCAGAUGGAGUCAGUCAUGUUGUUUGUUAUGAACUUUGUUUCAUCAUAUCUGUAGAUAUUUAUUUCAAAUAGAAAUUUAUUUAUUUAUUCUUAUUUUCACUGUCUGCAUUGAUCAUGUUACUAAAAUUUAUUACUCCUGCACAUGUGAGUUUUUCUUCUGUAAACUCUGUAAACUG